AAUCGUAUUAGAAACAAACAAAAAAUAGGGUUCGCAAAAUUUUCAACUCCUCGAAUAUUAUUUUGUUAAUUACCUGGAUUCAGAAAUCACCUUAAUUGGGGAAUUGGAAGAAAAAUGUCUACAACUUUCGAUAAGUGUCUGCAGAAUAUUGUCAUGCAAAUGAAGGUAACUCCGAAGGAGCACAAGGACUUUCUCUAUGACUCGGCCUAUAUCGCUGGCUGGAUAAAUACAGCACUCAAGCAGCGUCGCUCAAUGCUCGCUGGCAGUUUCAGCAAUUUGUCAGCUACUGCAACCUAUAUAAGCGGAAGUAAGGUCGAUUUGCCCGCCAACUUCAAUUGCUAUCUGCUGUUGGAUCUGCGUUUUCCGUUCUACACGGAAAUCAAAAACGACGACUGCAUCUAUUUGCACUCGGUGUUCAAGGAGCAGGUUGUUGGGGAUUCUUUGAUCUCCGCCGUUUAUUUACAGACCCAUUUACGCAAUGAUUUAAGUAAUUUGCUGAGGCCACAGCCCAAGAUUACAUGCAAGGGUGGUUCUGGACGUAGCUACCAAUUGUGCUAUCACACAUCUUUAUAUCCGGUCAGUUCCCACACCAUUAUCGCCACCCAGCUGAAGGCGAAGUGCAGUACGAGCAUAGUGUUCGACUUCCUCGUGGCUAUCAAGUUGCCUAUAGAAAAGUUUCCGAAGCCGGCCUCUGUGGCUAUGCCUGACUCCAUGAUCGAUUCGGAGCUGAGCUACUGGGUGGCGCUGCCUGUGCCGCACUUCGAUGUCAACUACAAUGGCCACAGCUAUAUGGGCAGAAGUCACGUCUGGCAGAAGGCAACUCCGGGGCAACGUCAACGCUGGUGCCUGGUGGUGCGAAUGUUCUACAUGAUGAGUUCUGGCAAUGGCACUCUGAACACCAUCGGGAUUCAUUCCCUGAAGCACACCUGCGUUAAUCUCUGUGAGAAGUUUGGCAUUGAGAAGGCAGAUCGGCCAAUCGGUCUGAAACUAAUGGACAUGAUGAUUACUCACGGGGCACGGAAGCUGCGUGAAAAAAAAAUUGCCAGCCGAACCGGACAAAUUGUGAAUCUAGAAACUCAUCCUGCUCUGGCCACCGACUGUUCCAAAAUGGAUGCAUUGCUCUCGAAAAUGAAGGCCAAGAUGACGAGCAAAGAAGCCUGUGAUAUGGAAUCCCUAUCCGAGAUGUUUGGGCUGUCAAAGAAAAAAAAGUCGAACUGGCUCUAAUGCAGUCCGAAAUUUUCAAGAAACUGCAUAUUAAAAA